AUGGGCAUACCCAAUCCGGCCGAGACCAUGGAUCGCGUCGAGUGUUGCGCAGUAUAUAUUGAUGACCGUGUUCAAUCGGAACGCUGGGUGUAUCGCGAUUCACCCGUGUCCUCGGCAGGGGAUGACGAACCCGAGUCGCUGGGAUCAGACGUGGCGCUUCUGCUAGAAGUGUGCAAUAGAAUAUAUCUUUGUCACGUUGGAACCUCCCUCGCUACAAAACUUGCCGAACUGAGCGACAGCACUAACAGCCGUUGCACACCGAUUUUCGCCUUUUUUGAUAUCGAACUGGGUCGCAAUGAGGAUUCUGUUCAAUACGACCGUCGGAAAGCUAGCCGCUCUUCGUGGCCCGACGUGGCGCCUCCCUCUCCGUCCUCCCUUCGCCGCGGAUUCACAUUUUCCUCCCAGUCAGACACCUCCUACGGCCUGCAAUUGCUCUCGGGUGUAUCCGCAGAUAUCCAAGUCUCAGAUAUCCCGAACCUUGUCAUUCCGAUAGCUGUACUGCGACACUCCCACGGUGGGCCGACCAGCGCUCCGACGCAACAGACGGCCACUACACCCCUCUUUGACCCGCUGCAGAUCUCCAAAUGCUUAGAUGCAGGCGCCGCGGAUGUCCUUACCACACCACUUGACCGAGCUCGAGUGCAGGGCUUGGUCGUCCACGCGUACCGGGCGCAAAAAUCGGCGCGCAAGGAACAAUCGCGCUUUUUGGCCCGCAAGAAAUCUCGGAAACAGUCGUGGGUGGGUGUUCACGACCAACAACCGUACGCUUACCUUCGAGAGGCAAUGGUGUCCAAACUCAUGAAAGGCAUAUGCAAUCCCGAGGAGGUCAUUGAAGAAUUCCAGGAUCGGGACCUAGACGUAAGCGCUGAGCGGCAAAAAGCCGUGAGGAAGCGCCUGGGCAACUGGAACUUUACUGCUCAUGCGUUUUCCGAGGACGAGCUCGUUUAUGGAGCCUGCCAGAUGCUUCAGCAUGCUUUUACCCUACCCAACCUGGACCGUUGGCAAUUGACUGCAUGUGAACUGCGGACCUUCCUACUCGCGUGCCGCGCUUCCUACAAUUCCUUUGUCCUCUAUCAUAACUUUCGACAUGCCAUUGACGUGCUACAAUCGGUCUUUUGCUUCCUGGUACAUAUCGGAGCUUUACCUCCAUACGGAGACAUCUCUCCCAGCCCUGGCUCCCAGUCUCCGAUUGCAUCUCUCCUGACGCCGUUCGACACCCUGACCCUGCUCAUUUCGGCAAUUGGUCACGAUGUCGGCCAUCCCGGAGUGAAUAACUUCUUCCUGGUCAAACUCAAUGCACCGCUGGCGCAACUCUACAAUGAUAACUCGGUCUUGGAGGCUUUCCACUGCGCGGCCUUUUCGCAAAUCCUGCGUCGCCACUGGCCCGCGGCUUUCAAGGACAGACAGCUGCGGAAACUGCUCAUCAGCUCGAUCCUUGCGACGGACAUGGGCGUACAUCAAAAGUUCAUGGAAAGGCUAGGGUCACUGCAGGAGAAGUUCUACGCCAACAACAAGUCGGUUGAUGGCUGGAAGCCGCAGGACAUCGAGAUCUACAAGACGCUGGUGUGUGGCCUGCUGAUCAAAUGUGCCGACAUCAGCAAUGUCGCGCGGCCAUGGGACGUUGCCGAGAAGUGGACCAAGAUUCUGCAGGAGGAAUUUGCCAACCAGGGAGAGAUGGAGCGGGAGGUCGGCAUGGAGACGGCUCUGUUCGGUGGGCCGCCGGAGCUGGGAAAUAUAUACAAGCUGGCGACCGGUCAGAUCGGGUUCAUGUCUAUCUUCGCCCUUCCCUUGUUCGAAGGCGUGUCGGACAUCCUGCCCCAGCUGCGGUUCACUGUCGAGCACAUUCGGACGAAUCAAUCCCGGUGGCAUUACCUGGCCGACAAUGAAAGAAAGAAGCAGGCGCUGACAAACCCACGCUACGUUGAGGGCGUCCUCUCGCCCCGUUCCCAUAGCCCUGCUGCCAGUUUCCGCGGUCUUCGUCCUCCAUUGGCCGACAGCUCUGCCAAAUCGGCGCUCUUUCCAGAUGACGUGGCGGCCAAGAAGCGCGCAGCCACGGACGAUUACUUCGGCACGCUGGACCCGGACAUUGAUUCGGGGUCGCCCAGCGACUACAAUGAGAACACCAUUAGUCCCGUGGUGUCGCCGGACACCCCCGGGCCAUCCAUGGACAUCACAGGCAGCCCUCUCCCAUCUGCCGUGGCCUCGCGGAAGUCCUCUGGUGCUGUCCCCGACCUCACCAUGAUCUCCAUUGCGGGCACGUCUCCAGAGACGAACGGGGGACAGGCUGAUCAUCAUUCCAAUUCCGAGUCCCGGCGCUCGUCGAGGGAUGCCGUCAUCGCAGCCGUCCUCUUCGCCGACACGGCAGUACAUGAUGCCGCUGCCCCGGAACUUAACACCAAGCAGGUUGAUGGCCAUGGGGUAGCUGACGGUCAAGCAGAAAGACCGAGCAGCUCUCGACAGGGACUGCCGCAUCGACGUCACCAUGCCAACACCAACUCGUCCGGACGCGGCUCAGGCGCGCCAAACUCACAGCGCAACAGUUGCACACGCACGCAUAGUGUGAGCACGUACAGCAAUACCAUGACGCCGAUAUCCCCUGUGACGAAUGCCACCAGUUUCAUCACCGCGGACAGUGGCGAUGAGAAGCGCGCUUCGCGGGAGGAUAUGGCGGGCGAGCAAGACAAGUCCGAGGCCCGGCCGGGGUCGUCGAAACAGCACGCGAAUGCUGAUAAACCACACGAGAGCUAUCGUCAUUUCAGCGACAGCAAUACCUCUCACUCGCACCUGGGCGAUGGCAGCAAGAGCCCCGUCACAGCUUCCAUCGUGGGCAACGGGUCGAACAGUCCCACGCACUCGAUUACCACCACUCCCAGCAUCCGGAACGAGGGACAUCCUCAUUGGGAGGACUCGAUGGGCGGCGAGCAGCCCCCCCGGCGACUGCCGAAGCGACGCAGUCGCCUUCGCCUGGCGUUCUGGAAGCGAAAAACGCAUCAUUCGCAUCAGCACGAGCUGAGCGGGGAGACCUAA